AUGCUAGUUUCAGCACGUCGUUGUAACGAAUAUCGAGGAACUGGGCUGGCACAUCCGGUGCUGAAGUCUCUGGAGGGCACGCAGGAGAAGUGGAUAAUUGAUGUUCUCUAUGCAUUCAAUGCUGGCGAUCUCAACAAAUUCAAUCAGUACAGCCCGCAGUGGGCGGAAUGGGAUGAUCUUCAGAAGCACAAGGAUUUCCUGAUGGGAAAAAUCCGACUGUUGAGCUUAAUGGAAGUAGGGCUUUUGUUUCUUGCUGAUUUGUGCUGA